AUGGUUCUGAGAAUUUAUUUUUUGGGAAUUAUACUAUUCGCUUCCUUCAUUAAAAUUUAUGCAGGAACCAGAGUAGUAAGAUCACCUCAGUUUAGUGAAGCGAACGCUCAAGCGCAGUCAUUUGGCUUUGGUGGUGACCAGUACGGUUCUCGACCUUAUUACCACCAUCAUCAUCACAGACCUGAGUUCGGUUAUGGUGGGGAUAGAGGCUUCGGCGGUGGCUACGGAGGUGCUGGUUUCGGAGGUGGUGGUUUCGGAGGAAGAGGUUUCGGUGGUGGUUACGGCGGUCGGCCCGGAUUUGGAGGUCCACCCGGUGGGUUCGGAGGCCCUGGAUAUGGAUACGGAGGUGGACAGAUACCUCAAGGAUCGAUCAGUAUAUCCAAAAGCGUCAGUAUUAAUUCCGGUCCUGGGGGUGGUGAGGCGCAGUCCAGCGCUAACUCCGGUGGUUACGGAAAAUAA